AUGCGGCUGUCCUUUAAGGGCUUGAACUCCCCAGUGCUAAGAGUUCCACCUGUGCACCUCUGGGCGUGCGGUGGUGCGGCAUGGAGGGCGGCCGUCAUCUGCAGACAGUCAAGGUCAAACCAAUACAGUCGCCCAAAACACUACAAAGGCUGCAGCACGGGGCUUCACUACACUAACUGCAUCCUACCGCGCCCGGCGCGAGCCCACACACACAAAGAUGACAGUAAGGUUCGCACAGAGCUAAAAGAACUUCGCCCCAGAGCGCACACUGAAUGCAUUUAUUUUUCUAAUCGGUUUUCCCCUAAGGAACCCCCUCCUUCGAAUAAUAAAAAAAUGGAUGAAAAAUAG